GCAAAGUGACACUGCAGGCGGUGGGGGCUGGCUCGGCACGGGGGGCGGUGGGCUGGGCACGCUGAUCCCCGCCAGCAGCUGAGCCCCAGUCCGCCAGCCCAGCUGGGGCGUGCGGCCGCCCGCCCUCCGUCCAUCCCACCCUCUGUCCUUCCCACCCUCCGGUCCGUCCCUCCAUCCCUCCAUCCCACCCUCCGUCCAUCCCUCCAUCCAUCCCUCCCACCCUCCGUCCAUCCCUGCACAACGCGGGUGGGGUGGCCGGGUGGGGGCCGGCUGCCGCCCGUCGCGCCGGGGCUGCCGUCGCUCGCCGGAGCGUGCGAGCUUGCGUGCGGCAUCGCCGGGCUGGGAGCACCGCACGUCGCCCGAGCCAUGCGAGACGGCGCAGCCGGCCCCACGCCACCCCCGGCAGCCAGCCCCCACCGCCGCGCUCCCCAACUCGGGGCUCGAAGCCAGUGAAGGAGGCGGUCGAGCCCAUGGCCGCGCCGGCCGCCGGCUGAUAGCCCACGCUGCUGCACCUCGCUUGCCUGAAGCCGGGCCGGGACUUGCGGCCGUAUGGUGGAGGAGAGCGUGGGUAGAGGGGAGCGGGGGUCCCGGCGGGUGCUGCGGGGCCCCCCCAGACCCCCGCCAGCCCCCAGCCCCGUGACGGUGGUGAGCAAGGGGCUGUGGAGCGUGGAGCGAGCCGGCAAGGGCUGGCGCUUCGAGCGUGCCGUCGGGGUGGACUGCAGCUCGCCCGAGCCCCGCUGCAUUUGGCUGAGCAGCUUGCGUCGCCACGCUGCCGCCCCGGACCACCGCUGGCCCCCGGCCCCCCGGCACGGCCGCACGCCCCCCUGCACCGACAAGUGCCGCCGGCCAACGCCGGGCCGAAGAGAUGGGGCGUCCCCGAAUGCCAACGCUCCCCCGGAGGGGCCCUUCCCCUGGGUGGGUCCAAAGACAGUGGUGCUGCGGAAGAGUUCGCAGGGGGGGUUCGGCUUCACCCUCCGCCACUUCAUCGUCUACCCCCCGGAGUCGGCGGUGCAAUCCACCGCCAAGGAGGAGGAGAACGGGAACCGAGCAGGUCCCCCCCGGAGCCGCCUGGAGCCCAUGGACACCAUCUUCGUGAAGAAUGUGCGGGAGGACGGGCCGGCACACCAGGCUGGGCUGCGCACCGGGGACCGGCUGGUCAAGGUGAACGGGGAGAGCAUCAUCGGGAAAACCUACUCGCAAGUCAUCGCGCUGAUCCAAAACAGUGACGAUGUGCUGGAGCUCUCCAUCAUGCCCAAGGACGAGGACAUCCUCCAGCUGGCGUAUUCGCAGGAUGCCUACCUGAAGGGCAACGAGCCGUACUCCGGUGGGGCGCAGAGCAUCCCCGAGCCCCCUCCCAUCUGCUACCCGCGGAAGACGUACCCCUUCCAGGCACGGGGCGCCGAGCCCCCCCCCGGGCCAGCCGCCGGACACCCGCGCCCACCGCCCCGCCGCUGCGGGACCCUCGUCCCCGCUCGGCGCGGCCGCGCUCGCCAGCACCCGGAGCGAGGCAGGCGGCAGCCCCGCGCACCGCCCCGACGAGCCGCAGCCCGGGGGUCCCCCCCCGCGCGCCCCCCCGCACCCCACGGGCACCCCGGUUCCUUCUCCCGCGCCGGCUGCCCCAGCAACGUCGCGUCCUCUCUGCCCGAUCGCUACGGGAUCCCCCCCGCCACCUCCUCCUGCUACGGGGUCCCCAAGCAUCUCCCGGAGCAUCGGACUCACUGCGGCUUCAAGGAGGGUGUCGGGGGGCUGGCGGUGGCCGGACGACCCCCCCGGGAGGCGGCGGGUGGCCAGCGGGCACCCGGCCGGCAGGAGUGCCAGCAGGCUCUGUCCCGCUGGUUUUGCAGCCAGGAGCCGCGACGGAGCUCCUCGGAGGAGCGACGGCACGCCAUGCCGCCCCGCUACCGCAGCGUGUCCCAGGACCGGUUGGGGGGCUCGGCGGCGGCCCCCCGGGGCUGGCCCCACAGCGCUUCGCACGACACCCUCCUGCAGUCCUCCCGUGAGGGCUGGGCGCCCCGAGCCCGCUCCGACCACUACCUGGGCAGGUACGGGCGCUCCAUGGAGGCACUGGAGCCCAGCGCCCUGCUCUCCCCUCACCUCGACCGCUCCGCUUGGCCGCCUGAGAGGGUCUGCCGGGCCACCGUCGCGCAGCCCGUCCCGCACGGUUCCUUCGCGCCUUCCUCCUCCUCCUCCUCCUCCUCGCGGGAGCCGGCGCCCGUGCAGAAGCACCCAUCGCAGCCCAACCUGCAGAGCGCGGACGAUUCGGGCUACAUCGGCUACCGGAGCUACAGCCCAUCCUUCCAGCGCCGCACCGGGCUGCUGCACGCCCUUUCCUUCCGUGACCCGGCUUUCGGCGGUCUGCCCACCUUCAGCAUCUCGCAGCGGCCGGCCGCCCCGCUCCCGGAGAGGGUGGUCCCUGCCAUCCCGCCACCCACCGGUCCCCCACCGGUCCCCACCGUGCCCAGGGAACAGCGGCCGGAGAGCAGCCGGGUACCCGAGCAGCCAGAGGAGCGGAGGGAAGAAGUGGUUUUGCGGCAGAAGCCCCCCACGGGCCGCAAGAUGCCACCCCCGCUGCGGCAGAUGAACUUUGUCUUCCCCGAGGGGGCGAAGGAGACGGACGUUUGCGACCCCUCGCCGGCCAGCGGCAAAGGGGAGAGGCCGGCGGCCGAGCGGCAAGGCCGGCGCGUGGCUCCCUUGGCGGCCCCCGAGGACUCGCUGGCAUCCAUCCCCUUCAUCGACGAACCCACCAGCCCCAGCAUCGACCUGAAGGCCAAGCACGUCCCCGCCUCCUCGGUGGUCUCCAGCGCCAUGAACUCGGCACCCGCCGUCGCCACUAGCCCCUCCUCGCCCACCUUCGCCUUUGCCCUGAGCCGGCACUACUCCCAGGACUGCAGCAGCAUCAAGGCCGGCCGCCGCUCCUCCUACCUCCUGGCCAUCACCACCGAGCGCUCCAAGUCCUGUGACGAUGGUCUGAACACAUUUCGGGACGAGGGGAAGAUCCUAAGGAGGAUGCCCAGCCGGGUCCCCAGCCUCCGCAUGCUGAGGAGCUUCUUCACCGAUGGGUCCCUGGACAGCCUCGGCACGUCCGAAGACGCCCGCUCCAAAAGACACUCAACCUCCGACCUCUCGGACGUCCCGUUCAGCGCCGUGAGGAAGGAGGGCUGGCUCCACUGCAAGCAGAUCCUCACCAAAAAGGGAAAGAAGGUCGGUGGAGGCAUCCGGCAGUGGAAGCGCGUCUUCGCCGUGCUGCGCGCCCACUCGCUGUACCUGUGCAAGGACAGGCGGGAGGCGGUGACCUGCGCCCCGGCCCCAGGUGAGGAGGAGCCGCCGAUCAGCAUCCGAGCGUGCCUGGUGGACAUCUCCUACAGCGAGACCAAGAGGAAGCACGUCUUCCGGCUGACGACCGCUGACUUCUGUGAAUAUCUCUUUCAGGCAGAGGAUCGGGAAGACAUGCUGGCCUGGAUCAAAGUCAUCAGGGAGAACAGCAAGGCUGAGGGCGAGGACCCCGGUUUUGCCAGCCAAGCGCUUAUCAACAAGAAGUUAAACGACUACCGGAAAAUGAGCCCCGCGGGCGCCAAGCCCGAUUCCUCACCCAAGGGCUCUCGUGGGCUGGGGAUCCGAGCCGAGUUCCUGAAGCAGACGGGAACCAGCGCGCCCCGGUCCCCCAGGCAGGAUGCGGCCGUCACGAAAGAUGAGAGCAGCUCCCAAAAAGCCCCGUGGGGCAUCAACAUCAUGAAGAAAAACAAGAAAUCUGCCCCCCGGGCCUUUGGCGUGAGGCUGGAGGACUGCCAGCCCGCCCCGGACAACAAGAACGUCCCGCUGAUCGUUGAAGCUUGCUGCAAGGUGGUAGAGGACCGAGGGCUGGAGUACAUGGGCAUCUACCGUGUGCCCGGGAACAAUGCCGUGGUGUCCAGCCUGCAGGAGCAGCUCAACAAGGGAGCCACCGAGAUCAACCUGCAGGACGAGCGGUGGCAGGAUCUGAACGUCAUUAGCAGCCUGUUGAAAUCCUUCUUCCGAAAGCUGCCCGAGCCCCUUUUCACUGACGAUAAGUACAACGACUUCAUCGAGGCCAAUCGGAUAGAGGACGCCAGUGAGAGGAUGAGGACGCUGCGGAAGCUGAUCCGGGACCUGCCAGGUCACUACUACGAGACACUCAAGUUCUUGGUGGGUCACCUGAAGACCAUCGCUGACCACUCGGAGAAGAACAAGAUGGAGCCCCGAAACCUGGCCCUGGUGUUCGGCCCCACGCUGGUGCGAACAUCUGAGGACAACAUGACCGACAUGGUGACGCACAUGCCUGACCGCUACAAAAUCGUGGAGACCCUCAUCCAGCACUCGGACUGGUUCUUCAGCGACAAGGAGGACAAGGGCGAGAAGACCCCCGUGGAUGAGAAGGAGGCUCAGUCCGUGCCCAACAUCGAGUACCUGCUCCCCAACAUCGGCAGGACCGCGGCGCCCGGCGAUGCCGCAGGCUCGACUUGCAGCGGCUCCGCCAAACCGAAGGGCACGUGGCCGUCGCGAAAGGCACCGCCGCACCGGGAGCUCCUCGCCAUCCCCUUCGUCUCAGCCGCCGCCCGCAAGAGGAAGAAGAGGAGAGAGGCCGAAGGCAUCGGGAGCAGCACCGACGACGACGCGGAGCGCAGGGAUACCCCGGGUCGGGAGCGGGAGGACGAAGGGACAACCGCGGCUGCCCCGCUGGGACCCAGCAAAGCCUCCCGCGGCACCGGUGCCGAGCCGGCGGUCCCCAGCCCGGCCGGGAUGGAGCGGGAGAGCUCCCUGGAGCCUGGGGGGGCUGGGUCCGAACCGGCGCCGGACGCCCGCUCCAUCGUGUCGGGCUAUUCCACCCUGUCCACCAUGGACCGCAGCCUGUGCUCCGAGGUGCAGUCGGUGGCCGGGAGCCGUGGGGAGGAGGCGGACGACGAGCGCAGCGAGCUCAGCCACAUGGAGACGGACACGGAAAGCCGGGAGGGUGCCCGGCCCCGGCCGGGGCAGGGACCCCUCGGCCGUCCUUCCUUCAACUCCCACCGCCUGAUCCAGUGCGACACGCUGGCCCGCAGAAAGCUGGGGCGGCCCCGGCCGGCCGGUGAGACCCCGGCACCCGCCGGGGAGGACCAGGGCUGGACCCCCCCAGGUCGGCCCUCGCUGCGGGAACAGCUCCGGCAGCGCCUGCGGGCCUCGGCCGAUGACAUGGGGGUCCGUUUGCGUCGAGCCCACUCUCCCGAGACCCGCCGCAAGAAGAGCAGUUGGCGCCGGCACACCGUGGUGGUGCCCGGCGGGCUCAAGGACCUCAACUUCAACGAGUGGAAGGAGCCGCGGGGGCUGGAGAUGUCCCCGGGACCCUGCCGCGACAAGGACUCGGGGCUCAGCAGCCUGGAGUCCACCAAAGCUCGACCUCCGGCACCCACCCCGGCACAGCCCGGUGCUGCCGGCGAGGGGCCGGCCGCCAAGACCCCCCCGGGCAGCCCCGGCCCCCCGGCCCCCCUGCGCUUCCCCCAGUGUCUCUGACCUCCUGAGAUGCCCCCCCCCCCCACCGCGGCUUCCCUGCCCACCCCACCCCCUCAGCCAGUGUUUAAUUUAAGGACUCGCCUUCGUUCUUGUAUUUAAUUGUGCUCUGGACAAGCUGCUGUUAUUUAACGAGUCUCGGUGGCCCCCGUGCCGCGGGUGGGACAAAGCCACCUUGUCCCCCUUGCUCUGGGGACCGGCAGGGUCCCGCGGUGGUCCCGUGCCGCAGCCUGGCCAUUCCAUGGUCCCCCCAGCCCCCGGGCAGUGCCAGGAGGGUUGGGGGGGGCAAUGUUGGGGCGGGGGGGGGGCUCAUGGGGACCGUCCCCACCCCGGGCGGUGGUGGCCCUGCUGUCCCAAGCCGCGGCGGUGUGAAGUGCGGGCACUUCCCCGGGUGCCGCCACCGAGGCUGCCCUCGCCGGAGACCCUUCCCGAAACCGGGGACCCUCCCCGAAACCGGGGACCCUCGGGGACCUCGGUGCCGUCGCACCGACGACGGGCGCGCUCUGUGCCACGGGGUCCGGGCUCUGCGCCGGGGUGACCCUCGGCGUGACGGGUGGGGGGGGUCCCCAAAAGGCUGGGUGUUUGCACAGGAGCGGGUGUGACGAGAGGGGCUGGCAUAGAGGGGCACGCUGCUGGGGGGGGGGGGGACGGACACACACACGCUGCUGUCCCCCGCAUCGCCGUGAGCCACGGCCACGAUCCGGCAGCAGCUCAGCACCCGGUGUGCUGUCUGGCAUGGCACGGCACGGCACGGCACGGCAUGGCCCCCUCCCCAGCCCUGCUCCCCCCACCCAGGCCAGAAGCACUUUAGGAAGGGGGUGCGAUGCAGCCGCCCGGGGCGGAGGGGGGGAGACGUGGGGGCGCGGGGACCCCCAGCCUCGCCGUUGCAGGCACACACAUGCCACGGGCUCGGGCGGCCGCUGCUGGGGCGGGUGUCAAGUCACGUCACUGUUUUCUCCGUGUCGUUCUCAUACGUUAUGCAAAUAUUUGCUGUAAAGUUGUUUUUUUUUCUUUUUCUUUUUUUUUUUGUAAAUAUUGUCUUUGACUGUGUAACAUAUUACAAAGGAUUUAUAAGGAUUUUUUAAGAAGUUUUGCUCAGCUGAAAGGCCAGCCCUAACCAGGGGAUGUGCUGGACCAGUGUUGACUUUUUAAACCCUCCUGCAUGUGCCCCCCCCCUCGGCGUGUUGUACGAGUUCGGCCGCGGAGCCGGUAUAUGCAAAACUGCAAAAAAAAAACCCCAACCAGACCCCAACAAAACCUCCCCGCUUUGGACGCUGCCCCCCCCCCCCCCCCCCCCCCCCGCCCCAGUCCCGGUCUAGAUAUUGGAAAUAAACUGGUUAUUCAAGGAGGUGGUUUCCUGCCAUUAUUGCUUCCCUGCUUGGGGGGGUUCAGUACAUGGACCCCCCUUUCCCUGUGCCACAGGUCCUGGAGCACCAGCAGCAUCCAGGGAAGAGUUUAUCCCAGCUUUUCAAUGAGCCUGGGGGGAAGGAGAGGGGACCCCCCCCCCCGCGCACCCACUGACCCAUUCCCAGGGGAUGUGGGACCAGGGUGGUCUUGGGGUCAGGGAUAUCCCACCCCAUCACCAGCACAGCGACACAAGAGACCAAACCUGGGGGGAAAAAAGUGCCGUAGAGAAAAAAAAAAAAAGUAAUUUUAUUAAAGCCAGACACUCUGAUAGAAAAGAAAAGUAAUAAAGGGAAAAGAAAAAUAAAAAGCAACCCUUUGUCAUCGGAGUUUGCAAGUUACAAUGGUCACGUUGCGCACAGAACUACCCAUGGCAUCCACAGCGACACAGGGAGAGCGAUGGGCACAGGGCGGGGGCGGCGGGGGGCCAGCCCCCCCCCCGGCCCCUGCCUCCGCCCUGUGCAAGGCCUUUUUUUUUUUUUUUUUAAUUAUUUUUUUUCUUUUAAAACAGUU